GUACGAUCCCAAGAGGAUUGCACAUUACCCCGACGACAUUGUCGAUAUCGUUGUCGCCCAAGGCAAAGCACUGCUCUACUCAUCUGCUUCUGUACAAUGCGUUGCAGCCCAAGCCCAUAUGUCGCUCAGUCCCCCAGCUGUUGUUGACAACGACCACGACUAUGUACCGCCUUGCCCAGCAUUUGCCGCCAAAAGCAACUCCGUCGCCAAUUACAACCGUUCUGACAAUUGUGACAGCGAUGACAGUUCAGACAGCGACAGUGAGCCUGUCUCCUUUGCCGAUGCCAUUAAGAUUUCGAACGUAGAAUCUGGCUUCAGUCCCUCACAAGUCCCGCCUUCACCGGUUUCAUCUGCCCUCGAAUCGCCCUUGAACCUGAACAGCUCCACGGUAGCGUUAACCUUAGAGCGCUAUCCGUCGCCAUCUAACAUGGGCGCACAGUCUGCGAGUGCCCUGCCUUUGAUCUCUCCCUCGUUCUCACUGGCACCCUCUGAGUACAAGGCUCCAGUGUCCACGAACGAAAUCUCCCAGCAGGUCGCGCAUCUGCAGUUCCAGCUGUCCCAGUCAACCAACUGCCAAUCCGAGUACCACGGACAGCUGAUGCAGCAACUCUUCCACAUGCUGCAGCUACAAGCCGAGGCCAAGGCGCGCGACGAGCAGCUGCAGCGGACGUAGCAAAUGACGAACGAUCGACUUGUAG